CGACAUUCCAUGUGGCUGGAAGAGAUGCCGACGGACUUGGUGGAGGCGGUUUGCAGCUUCCUGGCGGGCUUUGAUGCCUUUCAACUCUCGCACACGAACUCGUGGUGGUUCGCUCGGCUUUCGGAUGGGUUGCUCUGGCACGAGCUCAUGGUGCACGGCCCCGUCCCUGAGAGCCAACAGCAUCAGCUGCACACGUGGAAGCGGCGCUACAUGCAGGCGAGGUCCAUGCUGUUUCACGGUCUCGGUACAGACGACAAUGACGAGCUACUGCGGGCCUCCUACGCCUGCGUUGAAUACCCACCGCCGACAGAUUGGGGACAGUUCCGUCGAAUGUAUUUUGCAUUGCGGACGAUGCACGAGGAAAACUUCAGCUUCGACUUGUGGUUCUCGCUACAACCGUCAACACAGAAAGAGCUUGACACAAAUAGGUACACAGGUGGGGUGAUCUUCGGACUGCAAUCCGAAGAGCGAGACAGCAGGAACUGGCCGCAGUAUCAUCAGCAAUUCGUCAUGGUGGACUCGAAGAGGAAACUCUACUGCUCGGUGUUGGAUGUCAAGACACCCGUGGCCAAAGAUCUCAAGUGUGGCCACUGGUAUCAUCUAGUUCUGACCUAUAAUCUCGAACGUCAAAAGCAGGACGUGUAUCUGAACGGGGAGAACGUGUGGUCCACGACGGGAACUCUACAUCGGGAGUGGCAGCACCUACUUCACGAACAGGUCGGGACGGGAUACAUCACAUCAGGUGGGGGAGACUACCCUCACGGAGACUUUGUAGGCUGGUAUGGCUUCCACGGACUACUGGACGAGUUCCGGUUCUACAGUGGCGUGCUUCCUCUAAACGAGGUGCAGCAUCGAGCUCGAGGCGGAGAGCUGCCUCCCAAAAGGUUAAGCGGGACACUGAAGUAUCCAGGGCUGCGAGGACCGCAGUCUCGCAUCAACGUGGACCUGGUGGCCUGUACUCGACCGGCGGAGGGCCGGCCAGUCGAAAUCGUCGCCAUCGAAAAGAAGGCGUCAUUUCCGCCGCGGAGGCCAUGUCGCCCAACUCGAACGCUGUUUGCGUGA